AUGAUGAGCAUCACUCGCCUCGUCUUCUUCUUCCUAGUUGCCGUUUGUGCCGUUGCCCUUGCCGCUCCGAAACAAAUGGUAUUCGGUUUCGGAAAACGAUCUGCCGACGCUUACGACGACGAGCUCGUUCAACAAAUUCCCAUGAAGCGCUACAAGCCGAAGAGCUUCGCUAUGGGAUUUGGCAAGCGCGCCAACGUUCGUAGCUUCAACAUGGGCUUCGGUAAACGUUCUGCUGCUUAUGAAUAUGAGUUCAACCCAUUGCGUAUGGGACGGUCGCUUAAGGACGAAACGCGCUGGGGACGCAAAUUCUCGAUGGGGCUCGGCAAGCGAGCUGCCGGAAACGUUGACAGCUUUGGGGAUGAUGGGCUCAGCGAUCAGUAG